AUGUUGCUCUCUUCAUAUAUGUAUAUCUAUCUAUUUCACUCUAUUCAUACCUAUCGAUUUCCUUUUCGUCUUCAUUCUUCCCUCUCUCUCUCUCUCUCUCUCUCUCUCUCUCUCUCUCUAUCUAUCUAUCUAUCUAUCUAUCUCUUUCUGUUCAUAUGUCUAUCUAUCUAUCUAUAUCUUUCUGUCUUUUUUCCACACUUUUCUCUUCUUUCUUUUCAAUUUCUUAUCUAUCUAUCUAUCUAUCUAUCUAUCUAUCUAUCGUUCUGUCUAUCGUUCUUUCUAUUGCCCUCUGUUCAUUACUAUCUAUCUUUCUAUCUAUUGUUCUGCCUAUUCACUCAUUCCAUAUCUACUUAUCGUUCAAUAUCGUCCUUUCUUUUGAAAUAUUUUUUUUCUUAUCCAUUUAUCUAUCUAUCCAUUUCCUUUUUCGUCUUUAUUCUCUCUUACGCUCUCUCUCUCGCUCUCUCUCUCUCUCUCUCACUCUCUCUCUCUGUAUCUAUCUAUCUAUCUAUGUGUCUGUCUAUCUAUUUUUCCUCCCUUUCUCAACCAAUUUUGAUUGUCUUUUCUUUUGAAAUACACUUUCUUUCUCACUUUCCUAUCUAUCUAUCUAUCUAUCUAUCUAUCUAUCUAUCUAUCUAUCUGACUUCGUUCCUUAUCUAUCUAUCUAUCUAUCUAUCUAUCUAUCUAUCUAUCUAUCUAUCUAUCUCAGUCCGUUCAUAUCUAUCUAUGCCUCUCCAAUAUCUAUCUAUCUAUCUAUCUAUCUAUCUAUCUAUCUAUCUAUCUAUCUAUCUAUCUAUCUAUGUGUCUGUCUAUCUAUUUUUCCUCCCUUUCUCAACCAAUUUUGAUUGUCUUUUUCUUUUGAAAUACACUUUCUUUCUCACUUUCCUAUCUAUCUAUCUAUCUAUCUAUCUAUCUAUCUAUCUAUCUAUCUGA